CCACACUCACCUCGUGACCUCAAACACUCUCAACCCUCACCUAGUCACCUCAUCACACGUCCUUACCCUCACCUCAUCACACUCCCUCACGUCGUCUCAAUUCCGCAAGUCGUCUUUAACCUCAUCAACAUCUCUCUGAACCUCAUCGCCUCCCAUCACCUGCCAUCACACCCGCUCAUCACGCACCUCAUCUCGCCAUCGCCCCCCUCACUUCCUCCAACAAACCUCGUCGCUCACCUCAUCGUCUCUAUCUAGCUCCCGUCAUCUCCCUCAUUUCGUCACUCUCCUCAUCCCCCCUCCACCUCAUCAACUCGUCACUCACCUCGUCAUUCACCUCAUCGUCUCUCUGUAGCCCCGUCAUCUUUCUCAUCUCGCCGCCUCGUCACUCCCCUCACUCCGUCCACCUCGUCUCUCCCUCGCCCCCGUCAUCUCCCUCAUCUCCUCCCCUCGUCAGCCGCCCCCCCUCACUCCCUCAACCUCGUCCACACCCCAACCUCGUCGCUUCACCUCGUCACCGAGGAUGGCGCCGCAACUGAGAGGAACGACGCUGCGCUGGAGCGACACGAAGCUGCGCGCGGGGUUCGUGCGCGCACGCGGCCUCCAGCAGCUCGUGCGGGGCCUCACGCAGCGGGGCUACGGGGACCACCCGCUCCUCUGGGGUGAUGAGGUCGAGUACAUGCUCGUCUCCUUCGAUCACACGGCGCGCAGGGCCCGUGUCUUGUUCAACGCAGAGGAGCUGAUCAACGACUUGAGAGCCAUGGACGAGGAGGCCAACCCGGGGUACCCAUCGCGGUGGCACCUGGAGUAUGGCAGCUACAUGCUGGAGGGUAUCCCAAUGCAGCCGUACGGAAGCUCCAUGGCCGAGCUGGCCAGCGUGGAGCCGAGCAUGAGGCUGCGGCGGAGAGACGUGCUGGCUCGGCUACGCUCGAACGAGACAAUAUGCUCCCUCACCACCUUCCCCAGACUCGGCUGCCCAGGUUUCUCUCAGCCUGAGUGUGUGCCCCAGCACCGAGAUGGACUAUCUGCGUCUGUGUUCUUGCCGGACGAGGCUAUCACCUGCCACCCGCGCUUCAGUACGAUUACGAGGAACAUCCGCGAGAGGCGAGGAGAGAAGGUCGUGGUGAACGUACCAAUCUUCAGGGACAGAAACACUCCAUCCCCAUUCAUCGACCAAAUCCCGCACGGUGACGAGGAGGCGGCCAUCGCGAUGAAGGCUGACCACAUUUACAUGGACGCGACGGGAUUCGGCACGGGAAACUGCUGCCUGCAGCCCCUGACAACGUGCAAGUGGCGAAUCGCCAAAUCGCGGUUUGACUCCAUCGACAGCUUCCUGUCGCCCGGCGGAGCGCAGUUCAAUGACCUGGAGCUGCCCAAGGACGAGGACGUCCACCUGCAGCUCCUGGAUGCAGGCAUCGAUCCGCUGCUCGCUCAGCACUUUGCUCACCUCUUCAUCCGCGACCCCCUCGUGCUGUUCUGCGAGAAGAUCCAUGCCGACGACGAUGAGAACGAGGCCUACCACUUUGAAUGCAUCCAGUCCACAAACUGGCAGACAUUACGCUUCAAACCUCCACCGCCGAACACCAACAUCGGGUGGCGCGUCGAGUUCCGGCCGAUGGACGUGCAGCUCACGGACUUUGAGAACGCGGCGUACGUGGUGUUUGUGGUGUUGCUCACGCGCGUCAUCAUCUCCUAUGGUCUCAACUUCCUCGUGCCACUGUCAAAGGUAGAUCAGAACAUCAGGAAGGCGCAGAAGAGGAACGCUGUGCUGGAGGAGAUGUUUUAUUUCAGGAAGGACAUUCAAGCAGAGGUGGACGCUCCCCCAGCAGACGGCACCGAGUCCGAGGGCGAGGUGGGGAUCCUCAUGAGCAUUGACACCAUCAUCAACGGCAAGGUGGGGUUAUUCCAGGGCCUCGUCCCCAUAGUCAACAGCUUCCUGGAAGACAUGGAGGUGGACGUGGAGACUCGGUGCACGAUCUCCCACUACAUGGAGCUCAUCAGCAAGCGUGCGUCCGGGGAGCUAGGAACGACGGCCCAGCGGCUUCGCGCCUUCGUGAGCGGCCACCCCGACUACGCACACGACAGCGUCAUCUCGGAGCGCGUCAACUAUGACCUAAUGCUGCGUUGUGACGCCCUGUUGCGUUCGCGGCCCCACCGCCAUGGCGCGGACCCCUUGCACGAGCUCAGCCACGGCGCUUGCCAGACUGGCUAG